AUGGCUUCACGAUCCUCAACUGCCGUGUACGAGUCCAACUCGUCACGACUCGACGCAAAUCCAUCUGCCAGCCUCAAGUCGAGACAGAACCCGAAAGACUCUAUGAAGUCGACUUGGCGCCGAACCGAUAAAAAUAACUGGACAUGGUCGCACUGGUUUUUCGAAAUCCUGGGUAUUCACCACGUCGCCCUGGACAAAGACGUACCUGUGCAUCAGAAGCGAGACAAAGUUCCUUAUACUCCAGAGUGGCAGUUGCAUCGUUGGGUGCUUGUGCAUGCACUCGUUCCGAUGGCUAUACAACACGCCUAUGUGCUAUACACUGGGCAGAACCUUACACCCCUCCAAGCCUUUCUCUUCUACAGUCUUGCCUUCAAGGUUACCGCUGUGCAUCAGCUCCAUGCUCUUCGCCGAGUCGGUCACCAGACUGGCUUCUUGGAUGGUGAUGUACAUGAGAGAGACGGCGUGCCUGAUGUCGGCGUUACCAAGGUCGUCAAGAGCCUCAUCGCCACCUCUAGCUUUCGCCCUAUCUUCACUGUCUUCCUCAGCUACCGCACCGCCCAGGCCCCUUCAUCCAUCAGCUGGGUUUGGCUCCCACUCGAAAUUGGCCUGUACGGCAUCGUGCUUGACUUUUGGUUCUACUGGUACCAUAGACUCAUGCACGAGGUCGGCAGUCUUUGGAAAUACCACCGCACGCAUCACCUGACCAAGCACCCCAACCCGCUCCUGACACUCUACGCCGAUUUCGAACAGGAGAUCUUCGACAUCGCCGUCAUCCCACUCGCGACUUACUUCUCCCUCAAGUUCAUGGGUCUUCCCAUGGGCUUCUACGAGUGGUGGAUCUGCCACCAGUAUAUCAUGUUUACCGAGCUGGGUGGCCAUAGCGGUCUGCGAGUCUACACAUCACCUCCCGGCACACUUAGCUGGCUUCUUCGUCUUCUUGACGCUGAGCUUGUGAUUGAAGACCAUGAUCUUCAUCAUCGAAAGGGCUGGAAGGCUAGCGGUAACUAUGGCAAGCAGACUCGUCUGUGGGACAAGAUCUUUGGGACUUGCAUUGACAGGAUAGAGUUGAAGGAUUCAAACAUGGACUGGGAAACAACUGUUGACCUUCCGAUCUUUUGGUAA